AUGAGGCUCACCAUCCCCGCCCUGCUGGCCUGUGCGGUCCUGGGGCUGUGUCUGGCUGUCCCCGAGAAAACUGUGCGAUGGUGCACCGUCUCAAAUCAUGAAGCCAGUAAGUGCACCGCUUUCCGUGACAGUAUGCAAAAAGUCCUUUCUGAGGCUGGUCCUCUUGUCGCCUGUGUGAAGAGAACCUCCUACCUUGAGUGCAUCAAGGCCAUCGCGGCAAACGAAGCAGAUGCUGUAUCGCUGGAUGCGGGUUUGGUGUUUGAGGCGGGCCUGGCCCCCUACAACCUGAAACCUGUAGUGGCAGAGAACUAUGGAUCGAAAGACAAUCCACAAACCCACUAUUAUGCUGUGGCCGUGGUGAAGAAGGGCAGCGGCUUCCAGCUGAACGAGCUCCAAGGCAAGAAGUCCUGCCACACAGGCCUUGGCAGGUCUGCUGGGUGGAACAUCCCCAUGGGCUUACUCUACUGGGAACUGCCUGAGCCACGUGAAUCUCUUCAGAAAGCAGCGUCCAAUUUCUUCGCGGGCAGCUGUGUCCCCUGUGCGGAUCGGACAGCCUUCCCCAACCUGUGUCAGCUGUGUGCGGGAAAAGGGGCUGACAAGUGUGCCUGCUCCAACCACGAACCGUACUUUGGCUACUCGGGUGCCUUCAAGUGUCUGAUGGAUGGUGCUGGGGACGUGGCCUUUGUCAAGCACUUGACAGUAAUGGAGAACCUUGCACAACAGUCUGACAGGAACCAGUAUGAGCUGCUCUGCAGGGACAACACCCGAAAGCCAGUAGACAAAUAUGAUGAGUGCCACCUGGCCAGCGUCCCUUCCCAUGCUGUUGUGGCCCGAAGUGUGGGUGGCAAGGAGGACUUGAUCUGGGAGCUUCUCAACCAGGCCCAGGAACAUUAUGGCAGAGAUAAAUCUAAAGACUUCCAGCUCUUCAGCUCCCCUCAUGGGAAGGACCUGCUGUUUAAGGAUUCUGCCCAAGGGUUUUUAAAGGUUCCCCCUAAGAUGGACUCCUGGAUGUACCUGGGAUAUGAGUACGUCACUGCUCUUCGGAAUCUCAGGGAAGAGACACGCCCAGAUACCUCAAAGGAUGAAUGCAGGAAUGUGAAGUGGUGUGCAAUAGGCCACCACGAGAGGGUCAAGUGUGAUGAGUGGAGUGUAAACAGUGGAGGGAGAAUAGAGUGUGAAUCAGCAGAGACCACUGAAGACUGCAUUGCCAAGAUCAUGAAAGGAGAAGCUGAUGCCAUGAGCUUGGAUGGAGGCUUCAUCUACAUCGCGGGCAUGUGUGGUCUGGUGCCUGUCCUGGCAGAGAACUAUAAAACUUAUGAAAAUUGUGAGACCACACCGGAAAAAGGGUAUCUUGCUGUGGCCGUGGUUAAGUCAUCAUCACCAGAUGACCUCACCUGGAACUCUCUAAAAGGCAGGAAGUCCUGCCACACUGCAGUAGAUAGAACCGCUGGCUGGAAUAUCCCCAUGGGCCUGCUGUAUAGCAAGAUCAACCACUGUGAAUUUGAUAAAUUUUUCAGUCAAGGCUGUGCCCCUGGGUAUGACCAAAGUUCCAGUCUUUGUGCUCUAUGUAUUGGUUCGAAAAAUAGUCCAGGAAAGGAGUGUGAACCCAACAACAACGAGAGAUACUAUGGCUACACGGGGGCUUUCAGGUGUCUGGUUGAGAGUGGAGACGUGGCCUUUGUGAAAGACCAGACUGUCUUUCAGAACACUAACGGAAAUAACACUGAUGACUGGGCUAAGGGCCUAACGCAGGACCAAUUCAAGCUGCUGUGCACUGAUGGCACCAGGAAGGAUGUGACCGAAGCUGAGAACUGCCACCUAGCCCGAGCCCCAAAUCAUGGUGUGGUCUCAAGGGAAGAUAAGGCAGCUUGUGUUCGCCAGAUGUUACUUGACCAGCAGGUAUGAGCCAGCUGGGGCCUCCCACCUUCUUUCUGGGUGGUGUGGAUUAUUUGGGGAGAGCUCAC